CCCGUCUUUUUCACCUCAGUGCUGCCGCCAUUUUGGUGUCGAGUGCUAUCGGAUACCGCCAGAAGCCCGGAGAAAGGCCGACACCAUGCCGGCGGGUCCAGUGCAGCUGUUGGCUCCUCAGGCGCCCGAGGGAGGGCAGCAGCAAAUGGAGGAGGAAAAAAAAGAAGAGGUGGUUUACACUAAGCCUAUUGUGGGUAUCAUCUAUCCUCCACCAGAGGUCCGAAAUAUUGUGGACAAGACUGCAAGCUUUGUGGCAAGAAAUGGCCCAGAGUUUGAAGCCAGAAUCCGUCAAAAUGAAAUCAACAAUCCUAAGUUUAAUUUCUUGAACCCAAAUGAUCCUUAUCAUGCUUACUACCGUCACAAGGUCAAUGAGUUCAAAGAGGGAAAAGCGCAGGAGCCAUCUGCUGCCAUACCUAAAGUUAUGCAGCAACAGCAGUCUGUACAGCAGCUUCCACAGAAGGUUCAAGCUCAGGUUGUCCAAGAAAGCAUAGUUCCAAAGGAACCCCCUCCAGAGUUUGAGUUUGUAGCUGAUCCACCGUCUAUCUCUGCCUUUGACCUGGAUGUGGUGAAACUGACAGCCCAGUUUGUGGCUCGUAACGGGCGCCAGUUUUUGACCCAACUGAUGCAGAAGGAACAGAGAAAUUACCAGUUUGACUUCCUUCGGCCCCAGCACAGUCUUUUCAACUACUUCACCAAGCUUGUGGAACAAUAUACUAAGAUUUUGAUUCCUCCAAAGGGAUUACUCCCCAAGCUGAAGAAAGAAGCUGAGAACCCCACGGAGGUUUUAGACCAGGUGCGUUAUCGUGUGGAGUGGGCUAAAUUUCAGGAAAGGGAGAGGAAAAAAGAGGAAGAGGAGAAAGAGCGAGAACGUGUGGCCUAUGCACAAAUUGAUUGGCAUGACUUUGUGGUAGUGGAAACAGUUGACUUCCAGCCUAAUGAACAAGGCAACUUUCCACCUCCAACAACACCAGAGGAGCUGGGUGCCCGUAUAUUGAUCCAAGAGCGAUACGAGAAAUUUGGUGAAAGUGAAGACGUGGAAAUGGAAGUUGAGUCUGAUGAGGAAGAAGAAGUAAAGGAUGGCAAGGGUGACGAAGGCACAUCUCAAAUGGAUCAGGAUACUCAAGUGCAGGAUAUGGAUGAGGGUUCAGAUGAUGAAGAUUAUGCACAGAAGGCUCCUCUUCCCCCUGAGUCACCAAUGCAACCACCUUUACCUCCCACACCAGAUCAAGUAAUAGUUCGAAAAGAUUAUGAUCCAAAAGCCUCUAAACCGCAGCCACCAGCUCCUGCGUCGGAUGAAUACCUUGUAUCUCCUAUCACUGGGGAGAAGAUUCCUGCCAGCAAGAUGCAGGAGCAUAUGCGUAUUGGACUCUUGGAUCCCCGCUGGUUGGAACAGAGAGAUCGCUCCAUUCGAGAGAAGCAAGGGGAUGAUGAAGUUUACGCUCCAGGCUUGGAUAUCGAAAGCAGCUUGAAGCAGUUGGCUGAACGCCGUACCGAUAUUUUCGGUGUUGAGGAAACCGCUAUUGGUAAAAAGAUUGGAGAGGAAGAGAUCCAGAAACCAGAGGAGAAGGUUACAUGGGAUGGACACUCUGGCAGCAUGGCACGUACCCAACAAGCUGCACAGGCCAAUAUUACACUACAGGAGCAAAUUGAGGCCAUCCAUAAGGCUAAGGGUUUGGUUCCUGAAGAGGAUGGCAAGGACAAGAUAGGACCUAGCAAGCCCAAUGAAGUCACACAGCCGCCUCCUCCAUCCUCUGCACCUACCAUGACCAGCCCUGCUCCGCCCAUCAACUCUGCUCCAAGACCACCUCCUCCACGUGUUAAUACUACUAUGGUGUCCGCUUUACCUGUGAUGCAGAGACCUCCCAUGGGCUCUGUGGUGCGCCUUCCUCACGGCUCUGUUUUAACUGCUCCGAUGCCUCCUAUUCUGCACGCACCAAGGAUAAAUGUGGUACCAAUGCCACCAAACCCAUCCUCAAUGAUGGCACAGAGAGGACCACACAUGAUUGUUCCAGCAGCAUUUGUCUCUGCUCCUCCUGUUGCACCUGUUCCUACACAAGCUCCAAUGCCCCCAGCUCAUCCACCACCACCAUUGGACGAUGAACCAUCUGCCAAGAAAAUGAAAAGUGAGGACUCUCUUAUUCCAGAGGAAGAGUUCUUGCGCAGGCACAAGGGUCCAGUCACUGUUAAAGUACAAGUGCCCAAUAUGCAGGACAAGACAGAAUGGAAGCUGAACGGCCAGAUUCUGGCAUUCACCCUUCCACUUCCUGAUCAGGUCUCUGUAAUAAAGGUUAAGAUUCACGAGGCAACUGGAAUGCCGGCUGGGAAGCAGAAGCUUCAGUAUGAUGGAAUCUUUAUUAAAGAUUCAAACUCUCUCGCUUACUACAACAUGCAGAAUGGAGCUACAAUCCACUUGGCUCUGAAGGAGAGAGGAGGUCGUAAAAAAUAAAAACUGAAACCAUCAUUGUUUUGACAACGUGCAUCUUUGCUACCGGAUUGUGCUGAUGUAAUGCUAAUUGUUCAUGUAUGUAGUACAUAGAUUUAGAUUAAGUUGCUAGAUAUGUCACUAGCUCAUUAUGAUUAUUUUUGAGCAUGGUUCCAUGCAGAUCUUGCACUUUUUAAACAAGACCUGUGUAAGGUGAAAAGUUUUACAGAUAAGUUGCUUUGACAUGAAAAGAUUGUUACUCUCCUAUCGGCAUUUGUACAAUAAAGACAAUAC